AUGCUAUAAUCUUUUGCGACGAUUGAUUUAGCUCAUUUGAAGUAGAAAUGGCUAAAUACUCAAAGAAAGAAGAGUCUUAUACAUUUUAACCUUAGCUUAGUUUUAAUAAUAAGGAAGCAUUAAAACUUAUCAAAUAAAUUUGAAAUUGGAAAAACUCAUCCAAUUUUUAUUCCAUUUAGCAGCCAUCAACCAACUUCUAAAUAUUAUGAAUCUUUAGAUGAGUAAAAGUAAAAGUUAAAUUUCUAUUUGAGUAAUGGUGACUAUUUAAACUGUGUUAGAAAGAAGGAUAUAAUGGAACCUAACAUCCUUCAAAUAGAAUUAUAUUGUAGUGGAAAAUAUGACUUAUAUAUUGGAGAAAUGUUAGGCUAGGUAUAAACGACACCAUGGGAUUUAUUUAAAAAAAUGAUUUUGGAUACUGUAUUUCUAUUCAGUUCUAUUAAUUUUAAAACAUUUCUUUACUAUGUUGAACAAAAAAUUACAAUAUAUUAAAGAGAGUUCGAAAUAAAACUAAUUGUAAACAUUUAAAUAGUAUAUUAGCAAAAAGUAAAUGAUUAUGUCCAUAGAAUUAAUAAAUAAUAAAUUCUUGGGAGCAUGAGGAAGUUUAUUAAAAAUAUAAUUUUAGUACCCAAAAAUAAAAAUAAUAAUAUUACUAACAAAUAAAAAAUAGAAUGA